UUCCCAGCCGCUGGCUCGGCGGGCCUGGCGGACGGUGACCCGCGGCGUGUUGUUAGGCCCGGCCCGGCGCAGUCCCGCGCCAGCUCGGGCUCCUGCUCCGGCUCCAUCUUGGGUCGCGGCGCCGGGCACCUGUGGCGGCCGCUGGAGCAGCGCUUCCUCCCGCCUGCGCGGCCCCGGGCGGGCAGGAGCAUAAGAGGUCAGCUUGGCAGCCAUGAGCACCCGCCGCCCCGAGCCAGCUGCGCAGGCACCCCGGAGCCCCGGCCCGCAGCCCCUGUCCCGGAGCUCGUCCAGCCUGCUGAGUGAAGGCCGGGGACCCAGGCCCGAGCUCCGCAAGAGCGCCAGCAGCACUGUCUGGCAGCCCCGGCCAGACGAGGCGAGCACUGGUCCCGAGGCGCGGGCGGAAGCGGGACACCAGACUGAGGGCAGGGAGCAGACAGUGCCCUCCAGCCCCCAGGCCAGCCGCUGGCGGAGCAGCACUGUGGGCAAUGUGUCAAGUGUGAGUGGGGGUGGCCUGUGUCACCUGCGGACCCCCAGCACCAUCACUGUACAAAGGAGCCACUCAGACCUCACCCGGACCAUCCAGACCCGGGGCCCCAGCGGGGCUCACAAGGCCAGUCUCAGCUGCUCGGCCCUGGGCAGCUCGCCGGGUCACAGGGCUCGGCCGCAGCCUGGCACCACUUCUGGCCCAGGAGGCCAGGCUUCUGCAGACCCCGACCGGGACCUGGGUCCUGAGGAUGGGACUUCAGAUUCAGCUGGGACCCCGGGGGAGAGUCAGGUGUGCGUGCCACCGCUCGCCCAGGGGAACACAGACACCCACAGCAGCAGCCCCCAGGCAGGGUUGAAAGUCCCUGGACAGCUGGCCACCACUGCCAGCCAGGCCCUGCCCCCAGCAGCGCGGCUUUGUGGCAUGAGGGAGGCGGGGGCUGGUGGCUGCUGCCACGUGCUGCCCACCCCGGGGAUCCUGGCCUUUCCCAAGCUGGUGGCAUCUGUGAGUGAAUCUGGUUUACAGGCUCAGCAUGGGGCAAAGUUGCAGUACCUGUUGCCAGGGGUGGUCCCUGGACACACCCACUGCUGUGCCCACCCUUGGGGUCCCACUGGCUUUACCACGGAGUCGAGCACCAGGACCAAGGACGUAUGUACCAUGACCUCAGCCAGUGACCUGGCGCCCACGCCGGCGCCCCUGCCUUCGGCCCAGGAUGCUGGCGUGCAGGUGGCCCCGACGGCAGCCUGCAAGGCUGUGGCCACCAGCCCACCCCCAGAGGCCCCCGUGGCCUUGCACACCUUCCCGGAGGUGAUCCUGGGGUCCGGCCUGGAGGAAACAUCUUCCCCUGUGCGGGAUGUGCGGUGGGAUGCGGAAGGCAUGACGUGGGAGGUGUACGGAGCCUCGGUGGACCCGGAAGUGCUCGGCGUGGCCAUCCAGAAGCACCUGGAGAUGCAGUUCGAGCAGCUGCAGCGGGUGCCCACCAGCGAGGACGGGCUGUCCGUGGAGGGCCGCCGGGGGCCCCUGCGUGCCGUCAUGCAGUCCCUGCGGCGCCCCAGCUGCUGUGGCUGCUCCAGUGCUGCUCCCGAGUGAGAAGCUGCAGCCUCUGGACGUGGCCUGAUCCGGGGACACUGGGGCGGCCUGGAUGCAUCUCUACUGAGGGCGGCCUAGGGCCCUCGGGACCAGAACCCGGGAGCUUCCUGCUCCCUGCAGCUGAGCUGAAUCAUAAGGGCUUGAUUCCAGGAGCCGCAACUCUGUGCUCCCCGGGCUCCGGACGGUGGGGCAGGGAGGCAGCAGCGUGCAUGGGGAGGUCCCCAUCUUUUGUUCUGUAAAAAUAACUACCUGCUCAGGACCUCCUCAGCACGCUGCCCUGAUAGUCCCUGGGUGUCCUGGUGGCUUCGAUUGAGAACAGUGCUGAGCUGAGAUUAUUCUGGAAACAGAAGGCGGGGCCCCAGGCGGGUGUUGGGGUCUGUGGGCCUUUCAGGGAAGGACAUGGACAUUGUCGAGGCCUCCUCUGAGCCGCACUCACUGUGCUCAUCACUUACCUGUAAGUCUUCCACACGUCACUCCGUCUUAGCGAUGAAAUCAUGAGCACCUGGUUUGGCUAUCCUGCCCCACCAGGAAGGAAGGGGUGCGCUGAAGGCCAAAGCAUCAGGGCUGGCAGAAGCUUGGGAGCGUUCCUUCAGCAGCUUGCCAGCUUCAGGCAGUUCCAAACAAGAAGAAUUUGUUGAGCCAGGUGCUGUGGAGCCCUCUGGGAAUUGGAGGGGGCUGCCAGUGCCCCUGCUAAGCCUACUGCAGGUGGCAGGCUUGGGGGGGUGGGGGUCGUGGGGACACAGAGCACUAAGCAUUUCGCAAGGGCCACCAGGCUGUGCAGAGUGCUUGGAAAAGCCAUUUCCACCACCCCGCCCCCCGCCCAGCCCCCAAGACCACUGUUAGGAAUUGGACUCAGGAAGCGGGGAGCAGGCAACCACAUGCCCCUAAGAUGUUUCAGUGCCUGAAAUCGCGCCAUCACUGCCUCAUUCCUUUGGCUCAUGGGUGGACUCUUAGCUGGUAACGGUUCUUGGAAGGACGGGGGGCAGGAGUGAAUGGGCGAAGGUUGGUUCCAGGACUGGAGUGGAGCUGUGGGACUGUGUGUCCCAUCCUGAUCCUGGACAGGCAGUGGGGGUGGGGGGGUACUGUGCCCAGGACAUGGGCUGGGCACAGCCCGACUUGACUGCCCCGGGGGUCUCUGGCCUGAGGAGGACAGUAGUGGGCUUGUGCCCUUAUCCGGGGGCUGAGUGUUGCAGAGUCGAAGCUCCCGGGGGCAGGAUCUGCCAGCCUAGCCUGGAGGGGGAGACUGUGGAGUGUCCUGCUCAGGUUCUCUGGCACGGGUGGGCAGAGUCAGGGCCACAGACAGCUUUGUGCCUCUGUCCCCCAGCCAGUGUGACUGUUGGCCUGUGGCUCUGCCUGGAACCUGGGGGCUUGGUGGAGAGAGCUCACUGCAGGGCUUAUAAGCAGGAGGGGCCUCAUCCUAAGAGUGCGCAGGA